UAAGAGGGAAAUGGUAGUGCCGAAUUGCCAAACCCAAACCCGGAUUAAGGUGCAUAAUUUGGCGUUGGCAUCUCUGCCCAGUUACCAACCAUGCAGGAGGAAGCGAGGUUUACUUUACCAAUCUAGGCUAGGCCAACCCUUGUCGUAAAACGUUGAUCUUUCAUCUGGGUUUGGGUCAUUCUCGUUGAAAUCAAUCUGAUGGAGGACGAUAAAUACACCACAGAACUGAAUGUGGCUGUGCGAGCGGUGCACAUGGCUUGCUUACUCUGUCAAAAAGUACAAAAGGGAUUGCUUUCCUCAACCUUUGUCGAUCAAUUUAAGUCUAAGGACGAUAGCUCCCCGGUCACUGUUGCUGAUUGGAGUGUGCAAGCAACAAUAAGCUGGAUUUUAUCAGAAACAUUUGGUUGUGAUAACGUCUCCAUUGUCGCCGAAGAAGAUGUUCAAACUCUUUCAAAGCCUGAAUCGGCAAAUCUCUUGGAAGUGGUUGUUAAAACUGUUAAUGAAUGUUUGAACGAAGCACCAAGAUUUGGUCUAAAGUGUCCUGCUCAAGCUCUUGGGUCGACCCAAAUCCUCGAGGCAAUUAGCAGGUGCAAUUCAGCUGGUGGUCCCUUUGGUAAGCAUUGGGUCCUUGACCCUGUUGAUGGAACAGUAGGAUUCUUGCGUGGUAGCCAGUAUGCAGUUGCUCUUGCAUUAAUCAAUAAUUCAAAAGUUGUUAUUGGAGUUCUUGGCUGCCCAAAUUACCCAAUAAAGAACGAUUGGCUUGUUAAAAACCAGCCACCUUGUCAAGCCACACCAGAAUUGUCUUUGACUAAUCCUGGCAUGUGGGAGGAAGGGUGUAUCUUGUACACAAGAAGAGGCAGUGGUGAAGCUUGGAUGCAGCCACUUCUUCAUGGUAAUAAAAAGCUCAUUUGGCCUAAUUCAGCAAAGUUGGUGCGAGUAUCUUCUAUUGAGGAUCCAGAGCUGGCAACUUUCUGUGAGCCUGUAGAGCAAGCUAACACAAAUCAUGCCUUCACAGCUGGACUUGCUCAUAAUGUGGGGCUUAGAAAGAAGCCUCUUCGAGUUCACAGCAUGGUGAAAUAUGCAGCUAUAGCUCGGGGAGAUGCUGAGAUUUUUAUGAAGUUCGCAAGGGCUGGGUACAAGGAGAAGAUUUGGGAUCAUGCUGCUGGUGUACUCCUUGUACAAGAGGCUGGUGGUGUGGUAACUGAUGCAGGAGGGCGAGCACUGGACUUUUCAAAGGGAAUAUACCUAGAGGGUCUUGACAGGGGUAUCAUAGCUUGCUGUGGAGCAAAGCUUCAUGAAAAGAUAAUUGGCUCUGUUUAUGCGAGUUGGGACUCAUCUAAUCUGUGAACCGUGUUGCAUGUGAUCUGCAUUUCAUCUAGGUUAACUUUGGACUGGUUAAAUAGGUCUACCAAGUCAAAUGUGUAUCUAGGAACACCCAUCGACAGGAAGGCUUCACCUGGUUUGUCAUCUCUUCUGAAAGUUCUUGAAAGGUUCUUUUCAGUGUUUCAUUAGGAAUUUAGCCUUUCUUAUGAACUAGUCUAUCUGUCCAGGGAUACCUAGUGAACAUGUUUGAUUUAGAAAUAGGUCUAUCUAUUACUUGAGGAGGCAAUGAUGGAGUUACCGAAAGAAUAGAUAUCAACCUGGUUGCAUGCAUUUGUUCUCUUAUUCUUACGAUUUAUUAAGUUCCUACACGAGUAAAAGUCCAUACAUUUUGGUCCCACUUUGUUUCUUUAGUAACUUAACUGAUCCAGCAUUUUAAUGUUGAACAUCCACAUCUUUUGCAGGUGGGAAAUGUUUAUCUUUACAUACUAGCUGAUACAAGAGCCUGCAGUUUUACGAGGAGAAAUUAUAUGUACCAUUACAUUUCACUAACUCUGCGACACAAUUAGAAUGUAGAGGGUACAUGCCAGCUUUGGCAGUAGAACUGUGUUUUGCUAUUUUUAGUUUCCAGUACCCAGCUUCAUUCAAAAUAACCCUUGUCAGUCAUCAUAGGCUAUUAUUCUUAAUAAAAAGGUGAAAGUAGUAUUGUAAACAGUUGACUUCAUUGGCUUUAUUACAAUGGCCAAGUUGUGUUCUUUUUCUAAUAGAUUACGACUCUUCUUUUU